AUGUGUAUGCACAAGAUCCUACUUGAGGAGGGUGCCAAGCCCUCAAGGCAACAACAAAGAAGGUUGGAUCCAACCAUGAAUGAGGUAGUCCAGAAGGAAAUGUUGAAGUUAUGGCAAGUUGCGGUGAUCUAUCACAUCUCAGACAGCCCUUGGGUGAGCCCGGUACAAGUAGUUCCAAAGAAAAGAGGAAUCAUUGUUGUACCAAAUGAGAAGAAUGAGCUAAUACCAAUAAGAAUAGUGACCAUUUGGCGCAUGUGCAUCGACUACAGGAAGCUUAAUGAAGCCAUCAAGAAGGACCACUUCCCCCUACCAUUCAUGGACCAAAUGCUCGAGAGGCUGGCUGGACAUGAAUACUAUUGCUUUCUUGACCGUUAUUCGGGUUACAACCAAAUAGUUGUAGACCCAAAGGACCAGGAGAAAACUUCAUUUACUUGUCCAUAUGGUGUUUUUGCUUACAGGAGGAUGCCCUUUGGACUGUGCAAUGCACCUGCAACAUUCCAAAGGUGCAUGCUCUCCAUAUUUUCGGACAUGAUUGAGAGGUUCAUCGAGGUAUUUAUGGAUGACUUUUCUGUAUUUGAAGGAGUGGUCCUUGGUCAUAAAAUCUCAAAGAAGGGCAUAGAAGUAGACAGGGAAAAGGUAGAAGUGAUUGAAAAGUUACCUCCACCGUGCAAUGCCAAAGCAAUCAGAAGCUUUUUAGGACACACUGGUUUUUAUAGGAGGUUUAUUAGAGACUUCUUUAAGGUUGCCAAGCCAUUGAGCAACCUACUUGUCUCUAAUGUGCCUUUUGUUUUUGAUAAUGAAUGCAUGUUAGCCUUUGAGGAGCUUAAGAACAAACUUUCCUCUGCACCUAUCAUAGCACCACCAUGUUGGGAUCUACCCUUUGAGUUGAUGUGUGAUGCAUCAGAUUUUGCUGUGGGUGCUAUUUUUGGACAGAGGAAGGAUAAAUUGGAUAGGAGUAGAGCAGAGAACAAAGUUGCUGACCACCUCUCAAGGAUCCUACAAGAGGAAGAAGGAGCACACCAUCUUGUAGUGAAUGAAAGCUUCCCGGAUGAGCAGUUGAUGAUGAUACAAGAGACCUCUUGGUUUGCUGACAUAGCCAAUUUCAAGGCCAUUGGGGAACUACCAACGAACAUCAACAAACAUAUGAAGAGAAAGCUCAUCAAAGAUGCCAAAUACUAUAUCUGGGAUGAGCCAUACUUGUUCAAAAAGUAUGCUGAUGGGAUCUUGAGGAGGUGUAUAUCCCAUGGAGAAGGACAAGAGGUGCUUUGGCAAUGCCAUGGAUCUGCAUAUGGAGGCCACUUUAGUGGAGAAAGAACAGCAGCCAAGGUGCUCCAAUGUGGAUUCUACUGGCCAAGCAUUUUCAAGGAUGCAAAGGACUUGGUGUCAAGGUGUGAUGAAUGCCAGAGGGCUGGCAAUUUACCCAGGAAUAAUGAGAUGCCACAGAAAUUUAUAAUGGAGCUAGAACAAUUCGAUGUAUGGGGGAUUGACUUCAUGGGGCCUUUCCUAUCCUCCUACUCAAAUAUUUAUAUACUUGUGGCUGUAGAUUAUGUGUCAAAGUGGGUGGAGGCUAUUGCCACCACCACAAAUGACAACAAGUAUAAUAAAGGGAGAGGACGUGAAUGUUGGGGAGUUGAUGCCAACAACAUCAAGAAGAUACUGAAAAGCACUAACGAGGACACAAGAUUGGCAUUCCCCAGCAUCAUACAAGAGCUAUGUGAUGACGCUGGAGUUGAGAAGCUGAUUGAUGAGGUGUUGGUAAAGCAAGAUAAGCCUAUAACUGCCAAGAAGAUGGCCAAGGUGUUGGCCGUCAAUCUACUUUAA